CGAAAUCAAGGUCUAGUUUGGCCCGAAAAGAAAAUCAAGGUCUAGUAAAUACCGUAUUUAAAAAUUAUAAAAAAUAGGAAAGAUAAAAAUACAUGCGAAAUACGGGAAGAAAUAGAGAGGCAAAGCAUUAUAUCGCCGCCAAAGAAUUUUGAGUAUUUUAAAGUUGCGCGCUAUAAAACAAAUCGGAACCUCCCUUUAUCUGCUACUGAAUUCAAAAACUCUCUCUUAAAAGCUCGAAAGAAGCAAUGGCGAAUUCACCAUCUCAGGCUGAUACACUGUCGCUUCCUCCGCCUGCUGCAGAAGCUGAAUCUCACCUCUCUUCUCUCGUCCUUGAUAUGUCGCAGCAUGUUCAGAUGGCUAUGGAGAAUAUGCUUAAGAUGAUAAAUGAAAUUGAUCAAAACUCUUUGGGAAUAAUGGAAGAGAUAGAGAAGUGCAAAGGCUCUGGCCUAGAAAGGAAGAAGGUGUUGGAGGAAGAGAAUGGACGGCUUCAGAAAGCUGCAUACACUGUUUUGGACAUGCUGAAUAACACAGACUGAAAACUGAUUGAAACAUACCUGUAUAGUCUGGUCUGCCUCUGCCAGCAAUUCUGUUAAGAAAGGUAUUUCCUGUAGCAUGUCUUCUUUUAAU